CGUGAGACGCCCCGAAAGAAAGCAGCACUGGUCCCGUGGCAGCGAGCCCCGCGAAUCCUCAGAGCUGUUUCCUCGCCAGAGUGUGCGGAGCCCGCGGUUCCCACGUCGCCGCUGGAGCGGACCCUGCCCGGCGCCCCCGCGCGGCGGUAGAGUCUGCGCGCGCCCACCAUCGAGGCGGCGGCAGUGGCUAGAGAGGCGGGCCCAGGCUCCGCAGCGGAGGGCGGCAGGAGUGCGCAGGGGCGGCCCCGCGCCGCGGGCCUCGUAGCCAUUUUAGGAGGAAACCCAAAUCGUCACCCCGGGUGCAGCUUCAAUUUCAAUAACUUUAUUGGUGGCCUUGUCCGCAGGGCGGCCAUCGCGCCCGUGGUCCCGGGGAGAGGGAGCGCAUCGCUGGAGGUGAUCGGGGUGUAGUUCUUCACKYCRGGUGGCCCCCGACUCGAGCUGCAGCCAUGGGAAACACCACCAGCGACCGGGUGUCCGGGGAACGCCACGGCGCCAAGGCUGCACGCGCGGAGGGCGGCGGCGGCCAUGCCCCGGGCAAGGAGCACAAGAUCAUGGUCGGGAGCACCGACGACCCCAGCGUUUUCAGCCUGCCGGACUCCAAGCUCCCUGGGGACAAAGAGUUUGUAUCAUGGCAGCAAGAUUUGGACGACUCUGUAAAGCCCACCCAGCAGGCCCGGCCUACUGUUAUCCGCUGGUCUGAAGGAGGCAAAGAGGUCUUCAUUUCUGGGUCCUUCAACAAUUGGAGCACCAAGAUUCCACUGAUUAAGAGCCAUAAUGAUUUCGUUGCCAUCCUGGACCUCCCYGAGGGAGAGCACCAAUACAAGUUUUUUGUAGAUGGACAAUGGGUUCAUGAUCCAUCAGAGCCUGUGGUUACCAGUCAGCUUGGCACGAUUAACAAUUUGAUCCAUGUCAAGAAAUCUGAUUUUGAGGUGUUUGAUGCUUUAAAACUAGAUUCUAUGGAAAGUUCUGAGACAUCUUGUCGAGACCUUUCCAGUUCACCCCCAGGGCCUUAUGGUCAAGAAAUGUAUGUAUUUYGAUCUGAAGAGAGAUUCAAAUCCCCACCCAUCCUUCCUCCUCACCUACUCCAAGUUAUUCUUAACAAGGACACUAAUAUUUCUUGUGACCCAGCCCUACUUCCUGAGCCCAACCAUGUUAUGCUGAACCAUCUCUAUGCAUUGUCUAUUAAGGACAGUGUGAUGGUUCUUAGUGCAACCCAUCGCUACAAGAAGAAGUAUGUCACUACGCUGCUGUACAAACCCAUCUGAAGCCAUCCUGUCUUGCCUUCAUGGAUUCAGGAGAAGCUUCUCCCUUGCCUUUGAACUGAACCAGUCUUACCUGAGACUGGAAGGCUGAUUUGCUUUCAGGCCAAUAUGUGUGUUUCAGAGCUUCUGAGUAGGAUGCUCUGCUUUUGYAUUUGAUUGCAGAUGAGAGCUUUAUGAGUUCAUGGAAUUUAUUUUAAGAAGAAAACAUAUAYAUAUGAAGGGAAGGUUAUUGGAAGCCUCCUAGCCCCAGCUAUGGGUAUUCACCAGGACCCCUUUUGGGGAGCUAUAGAGAUAACUGUACAGGGAGGUUUUUUUUUUCCCUAAAAUGAAAGAACAGCAAACUCUUGUUGGGUGAAGAUUCUACCACUACUACCUUUGGUGUCCAAAAAAUGAACUUGGGCUAGACUGUUGYCCUACUUAUAGCUUCUGCCUUGCAGGGGCAGCUUCUCUUGCAUGGGGUCUCUGUAUUUUCACAGUGUGUGGCACAGUCUGUGUUUUUUGAUAUAACAAAUGCCUCUCAAGAACGCUUUGUUCUCUUAUUUCACAUUCUUCCUUUAAUAGCCUCCUUCAGAUCCCAUACCUGAUCCCUCACAAAAUUCUUUCAGUAAGUGACCCCUUUGGAAAGUUCUGUGGGACCUGACUACCUUAUUGAUGAUGGUUGUCAGAAUAUCUCCUUUUUAGCCCACCAGAAGMCCAAGCCACUUUGUUACCACUUGUUUUAAACUUCUACUAAAGAAAAUAUGGGUUCAAUGUUAUAAGAAAGGCAUAUGCAGAAGAUCUAUUUUUUUCUUUUAAUUUGCUACUACAGCUUUGACUGUAUGGCACAUAGGUUUUCCUGUUUGGCCUGGCCUUGCUUCCAGUUAUGCUUUCUCAGAGCAGACAGCUCUGCAGAUAGACAUGGACCAGGCAACACUUCUAGGACUUUUAUCCUUGAAAGAUUUUUAUGUGCCUGCAUUUUUCUUUAAUUUAAAAAAAAAAUUCCUUUUCAUUGGUCUUAAAAGACUGUAGUAGAGAACUUAAGGCUUUUAAUAAAUGGUCCUUAAGAUUUUCUUCUUUAGUUAGAGGAGACUGUACUCUUAUGUUAAUAUGGCCAGACCCAUGUUCAUCUUUAUCCCAAGUACUGCUCUUGAUACAGGUUCAUACAGACUCAUUGAUACACAUAUGGAUUCCCUCAACUGUUAAGAUGUAAAGGCCAUGAGGCAAGAAAGUAUUCCUGGAAGGGUCUUUGUACUAAAUAGUAAGAAGAUCACUUUUUUCUUUCUGCCUCUUUUUUAAAAAUGUGUUUAGUAAUGAGGUGGGGUCACUGAUUUCCAUUUAUGGACUGAAAAGUAUUCAAUCCACCCUUGGGGUUCAGAGAUAAGACAUUUUUUCCAAGUAUCUUGGCUCUUCCAUUUUACAGAUAAAUGCAAGUCAAACAUUCAACCUUGAAGGAGGCCAUACUUGAUGGUUGAGAGACUCCUUGACUGCUAAGAUGAACCCAGCCACACUGAAAGGGCACCUACAGGUCAGUUUAGCUACCUCUUGUUUUUUCCWUGCAAAGCUGACAAUUCAGUUAUCUUUGGGAAUGUAGAYCUCCUUGAUCCCAGGUAUGAGGCAAUAAGAUGUGGGCUUGUAGUUUAGCAGGGAAUGCAAGCUACUAAGUGCAUUGGUGGUUAAUUGUGGAGAGUAGAUACUGCUUUUGCCUUUCAACGCCACCUUCUGCAACAAAAGGUUUUUGUGGAGAACCUUUUAUGGUCCAAACCAUUUUGUCAGUGGUGUGCCAUUAUAAAAAUCCAGGCCAAAUCCUAUUUUAACCAWCUCUCAGGACCUAUAUAGUCUUUAGUUGUGCUGGAAUWUUGUUCUUACCCAAUAUCCAUUAAGUAAUUGGGCCACCUAGAAGGAUUUAAAAUCUUGGUUGUUACAUGGAGGAUUCUCUCAUAUUCAUUUCUUGUCAAUAGUACUGAAAUGCCAUUAUCUGUGUGUUCAUGUAUUAAACUUUUUACUCCAAAUUGGUAUAUGAGUAUUGUGGGACAGGGAAGGAAAUCUCCUCUAUGUGUCUCAGACCAGAGGCUUCUUGUCAGUUGGGUCUGGCUCUAAUGACAGUAUGUUUUAUUGUUGGUGAUCUUCAGAUUUAAAUGUAGAAAUAUACAAAUUUUGUUUCCCAAAUUCUUCUUUCCCAGCCAGAUAUGAAAUAGGUGCCUACCAGUAGGUAUGGAAAGGGAUGUGUAGGGGGAAUUGGGUAGUGACUACUUAAACAUAGUUUCUUUUCUAGCCUGCUAAUAAAUGGCCCUGAGAUACCCUAUUUUGGUCUGUCACCAAGAAACUGUUCUAGAAGGGGAAAAGGGAGGAAGAAAGGGAGCCUGAUAACUCACCCUUUUAUAUUGACUAGUUAAAGAGAUAGAUUAUUUUCUUUAGAAGAGAGUGGUAGAAUUUGAAAAUGAAUAAAAGCAAAAAUAAAUUUUUUACCUUUUUUUUUUUUGACCUCUAGGAAUUUUGUUAAGUCAUAGUUGGCAGGAUAAGAAGAUAGCUCUUAAAAGGUGGCUGACCCUUAACMACAGCAGUAUGGUAUUGUGAUUGUGGGGCAAAGAAAGAAGAGUGACUGAGUUGAGGAGUAAAGGACRAAGUAACUGAAAAUAAUCCAUUUUUAUAAGAAAAUUUAAAUCAGACAUAACCUGGUGAUAUAUCCUUGGAUCUCAUUAUACAAAACUUAGCAUUAUGUGGAACAUUUUCCCUUUGUUUCUUGUUCCUAUUURCUGCUUUAAUUUUAUUUGUCAGAUGGAUUCUACCAAAGUCUUAAGUUAAAUGUUACCUAAAAUACAUAGGUUAGUCAUUUCACUGRUAUGGAGAACUUCCACACCAGAGUUAGUAGGUUGCUUUAAGUUCAGACUUGAAUGGGAUUUAACCACUAUAGGCAACACCCCUGCAGUACUGACUUUUUUUAGCACAUGCUUGUGUAAUUAACGUGUAAAAGAGUCAUCCAAAAGAUGUUUCUGAGAGGAUCCGACAAACCAGACUCACUCACUUUUUUUUUCCAGUUAUUUUUAGUCCUUGUAAAUCUACAGAAUUUGAGAGAAAACCUUUGAAAAGUGCCAGUAUUCCAUGCAUGCUGCUAAAAUGAAGUGAAGUUUGGAAAGAAGUGAUAUCUCCAGACAGGAUUUAUAGUAAUCUGGGGUGUAAAUGAAGAAGAAACACUAAUGAUUGAAUUCCCUGCUUUUAUUGGGGAAAUAGGGCUUUUAAAAUUUUGACCUCAACUAAAAAUGAUAUGCAAUAGUCUAUGUUUGUGUGUGUUUGAAAUAUAUCCUAUUCUCAGAGAUUUUUACAUCCUCACAUUCUAGUGAUUUGGGGCAUGGGCUUAUGAACACUAUAUAACUUAUUCAAACAUUAUUUUGGUUCAUCCUUAAAGCCAAGUUCUUGCUGUCUUCUACCAGGGGCUGCUGACUCCAAUUACCCAUGUGAUGAAGGACCUGGUAGGGAUAAGGGUCUUUCAAAACUUUAUGGGUCUAGGCAUUUGUCUCUCCUUAAGUGCCAAUCACAACUGGAGAUUGAAAAACUGAUUUCUGCAGUGAACCUAAACUUUUGGAGUAAAAAGCCAAAUCUUUUUAAAAAUUUUAACAGAAAAGGAAGGAAGAAAAAAAACCCUCCAAGUUGGUUACUUGUAUAAUUCAAUUAUGAGCAAUGGAAUCCCUCCAGGAUUCUCAUUUGGGCCUUGUGUGAUUUGUUUUUCUUACUUGUGCUUUGAAGUAAAUAAGCUUCAGUAAAAAAUAAUUUUGUUAUUGCUUUCAACAUUAGAUGGUGUUGACUUGAAUCAUGUAUAGCACAGUACUUUUUGCAGUAAGAUUGGUGUGAAAUACUAUACAGUAUGGAUUUUAUAGGUAUCAAGUUAGAUGGUCAAGGGAUAUCUAUAUUGUUAGAUAUUGAUGAUCUUACUUAUUUUCUAUUCCACUUCACAGAGCACCUUACCCAGCUUGCGGUUUUAGGACAGCCAAAGCUCAUUGUUAUUGAUUAGUCCUAAUCUCUGCACUGGGUCCCCUAUAUGAGAGUCUUGUUUGAAUUUUGGUGAAUUAGAGAAUGUUGAUUKGUAUUACACUAAAGCAUCUGGAAGGAGUGUAGCUCUGUGUCUGUCAUAAAGGAGGGAUAAAGACUGUAAUUUGAAGGGAAUAAAAUAUGUGAGAUCCUCCAUUAAGUGGUGCUUUUUGUAACCUUUAAUGCUGAGAUACAGAGGCUGCUUUUCAAUAUUUCACAAAGGAGUGGAAUACAAACAAGUAUGGAUUUUAAACCUUUUCUCCAAAUGUAAUUGUCACUGGACCCUGAAUUGCCUGAAAAUUAUAUGUAACUCAUACAAAAAUGUGGGGUUUUCCCCAUAAAACUGUUUAAUAAAAGUAUUA